AGUGGUGGGCAACGAAAGCAAAAGCAAUGGAGAAGGAAGCGGCUGUAGGCAACACUAGACAGCUCCUCAGACUAAUAAGAAAAUCUGGAAUUAAGAAGUCAAGUGUGAGACGAUCUCAGAAAACGAUGAAACUUAUUUGCUGUCAGCACAGGAGUCUAAGAACGAUGGGCGGAAUACUUUAGGGAACAGUUUAGCUGAACUUCAGCGAAUCUACAGUUACCCACAAUUCCCAAACAGCCUGAAUGAAACAUUGAAGUAGGUCCUUCGACUCUAGUUGAAGUUCAAAAAGAUAUAGCUAAUCUGAAACGAGGAAGAGCGGCUGGUCCAGAUGGAUUGGCUCCAAAGAUCUUUAAGUAUGGUUGUUAGAUCGGCAUACAAUAAACUCUAUCAGAGCCUCCAGAGAGGCUCAUAAAGAGACCAACCAAUCAGCGAUCAGUUAGAAGCUAUGCUACUAAAAAUGCUACUAAAAUAACAAGGUCCUGAUUGGCUGUUAACAUAUUGCUACUAUGGAAUCUCAAGGUCUUUCUAAUUACUAUAAAACCCCUGUUUUUUCUGUACAUAAUCGAACCUUGUAGUAAAGUGAUUUCUCUGUUAAUCGUGUCUUCUUACUGGUCUUUCAAGUCGCUGAGUAGUGCUAGCCUGGGGUUAUCCGAAUAGCUUAGGAUCUGAAUAUAGCGUUCAACCCACAAGACAUAUCAGUGGCGACGGGGAAAAACCACAAGACAUAUCAGUGGCGACGGGGAAAAACUACAAGACAUAUCACUGGCGACGAAAAAAAAAAUGACAAUGAGUAUUUCUUUAGAGCAAUUUGAAGCUUAUAUGGAGCGUCAAGAAAAACGGUUUGAACAGUCUCAAAUCAGAGUCAUGGAAGCUCUUAUGCAGAAAUUAUGUAUGUCUCAACAAAACUCUGCUGCUGGUGAAUUUCAAGUAUCUCAUACUGACUCAGUUAUUAACGCAAUCCAUGAAUUUAAUUUUGAUGGUGCAGCAGGUGUCACUUUUAACUCUUGGUUUAAGAAGUAUGAAGAUUUGUUUCAUAUUGAUCUCUGCAGACUGGAUGACGCUUCAAAAGUCAGAAUACUUCUAAGAAAGCUUGGGACAACAGAACAUGAACGCUAUAGUAACUUUAUUCUCCCGAAGAACCCACGAGACUUUAGUUUUGAUGAAACAAUUCAAACCCUGUCUCAAAUCUUUGGAGAACAGUCGUCUCUAUUUAAUAUCCGUUACCAGUGCUUGAAGAUAACGAAAGAAUCAGGAGAUGACUGGGUGAAACAUGCAGGUAUUGUGAACCGAGAAUGCGAGAGGUUCAAUUUGUCUUCCAUGUCUGAAGACCAGUUUAAAUGCUUAGUAUUUGUCUGUAGCCUGCGUUCACCUGAGGAUGCUGACAUCCGAACGAGAAUCCUAAGCAAACUUGAGCAUUGUCCCAACAUGACCCUGCAGGAAGUGACUAAUGAAUGUCAAAGGUUAGUGAAUUUGAAGCACGAUACCUCGAUGGUAGAAAACACUAACCAGUUCCUCCACGUUAAUGCUGUUGAGAGGAAAGUCGAGCAAGGUUCCAGUAUACAGAAUUAUCGAAAUGAUUGCGGUAAACCAUCAUCCCCAUGCUGGUUAUGCGGAGGUUGGCAUUUCAAAAGGUUUUGUCCGUUUAAAAGUCAUCGUUGCACUACGUGUUCCAGGAAAGGACACAAAGAAAGUCAUUGCAAAACCCGUAAACGUCGUCAACCUAAAGUUUAUUCUAAAAGAUUCAAGCCACGCACAGCCAAGGUGACGGUAGCUGCUAACAGAAUCGGCUCCCAUAAUCGUAGAAAGUAUGUUUCCCUCAAGAUUAACGGGUACGAUGCCCGCUUACAGCUAGACACAGCCUCCGAUAUAACGCUUAUAAGCAGGAGGACGUGGGAGAAAAUUGGGAGGCCGAGAAUAUUUUCAACCUAUCAGACAGCACACGGCGCAUCCGGGGGGAUUAUAAACAUUGCUGGUGAGGUUCACUGUAAAAUCACAGUCGCAGAGCUUACAAAGAAGGGAGUAAUAUUUUUGACAGAACGGCCAGCACUCGACUUAUUGGGACUUGAUUGGAUAGAAAAGUUGAAAUUAUUAGAUCGUCCCAUAAAUUCAAUCUGCAACAACGGCACUAUGUCGAAAGUUGGGGACCCAACAUUGUUUCGUGGGGGAGGUUGAAGUCAGCAAAUGCAGUCUGGAUACCUACCCCGCUUCUUCAAAAAAAAGGGGAGGUGUUAGAUCGGCAUACAGUAAACUCUAUCAGAGCCUCCAGAGAGGCUCAUAAAGAGACCAACCAAUCAGCGAUCAGUUAGAAGCUAUGCUACUAAAAAUGCUACUAAAAUAACAAGGUCCUGAUUGGCUGUUAACAUAUUGCUACUAUGGAAUCUCAAGGUCUUUCUAAUUACUAUAAAACCCCUGUUUUUUCUGUACAUAAUCGAACCUUGUAGUAAAGUGAUUUCUCUGUUAAUCGUGUCUUCUUACUGGUCUUUCAAGUCGCUGAGUAGUGCUAGCCUGGGGUUAUCCGAAUAGCUUAGGAUCUGAAUAUAGCGUUCAACCCACAAGACAUAUC